AUGGUCGACAAUUCUCAGGGACAUUCAGCUUAUUCUGAAGAUGCAUUACUCGUCAGCCGCAUGAAUGUUAAACCAGGUGGAAAACAAGCCCAUAUGCGAGAUGGAUGGUUCAUGCGAGAUGGCGUCAAAGUCAUCCAACAGAUGGUUUACCCACCGGAUCACCCAGAGUUUCCGAACGAGCCGAAAGGAAUGAAGGCUGUGCUUGCUGAAUGUGGACUGUCUCAGCAACGUCUCCGAGGGAAAUGCAAGAAAUGUGAAAGUGAUUCUCUUGCUUGCUGCUACAAGCGCAUCCUCGAGCUCCAGGCCGACUUUCAAGAACAAAAAUCACUCAUGCAAGAGGUAAUCGAGUCCAUGGGUCACUUGAGCAUUUUUUUGCUGAAGUUCACUGCGAGUUGA